CUUUCUCCAUCGCCGCCGCACUACUGCAACUCUCCUCUCAGAUCGUUUUUUUCGUAAGCUAUAAUCAUGCAAAACGAGGAAGGAGUCGUCACAGAGCUUUACAUUCCGAGAAAAUGCUCGGCGACAAACAGAUUGAUCACAUCAAAGGAUCAUGCCUCUGUUCAGCUUAACAUUGGUCAUCUUGAUGCCGAUGGGAUCUACACUGGUCAGUUCACCACUCUUGCUCUCUGCGGAUUCGUCCGUGCUCAGGGAGACGCAGACAGUGGCGUUGACAGGCUUUGGCAGAAGAAGAAGGUCGAGACCAAGCAACUGUGAGUGAGUGAGAGUGAGAUAGAGAAUCUAAGCUGUUGUUGCGCUUGCCUCUUGUUAUUUUUGGGAUGUUUCCAUUAAAUUUCUCUCUAGAUGCGAACUUGUUAUUUUGCUUUUCUGAUUUAUGAAAGAUGAUUUUUGAAGUUGGUUGUGGCAAUUGAAUCAGAUUCAGUUCGUUUGUGUUCUCCUUAUUCAGAGAAAUAACCCAAUAAGCAAAGCAUAGUUUUUAGAUCCAGCUAUUUUU